AUGUCGUCUCCUUGCUCUCCCUCCGUCCCCAUCCCCUUUGCUCUCCUUCAUGUUUGUCUUCAAGUCCUGCCGCCACCUCUCCGCCGCGGGUUGCCCCAAGUGAGGCGAGAGUUUCCACCCUCUUCUGAGGCGGCGUGUGUCCGCAUGCCUCCUGUGCUUUCUGUGUAUCUUUUGCUCUUCUUGUUUGCCUGCGGCGCCUCGUCCUCUGUCAGUAUCCGCGGCUGGGUGCCUUUUUUCUUUCUUGUCGUCUUUUUCGAUCUGCUGGCGGAGGCGAAGGAGCCUGAAAAGAUGGCUUCGCCUCCGCCGCACCCGCCUGCGGGCGGCGAUGCGGGCGGACCGUCCGCGUCUCGGAGCGCCUCUGUCUCCUCCUCUUCUAACACGUCGUCCGCGUCUCUCGGCUCCCUGCAUUCUCAGCAGAUGCUGCGCCUUCUGCAGCAGCAGUCACGCGAUCCGCAGAGACUCCCCGUGCUUCAGCGACACCCCUACCCCGGGGUAACCUCUACGACCCCUGGUGGAUCUCCUGUCGCGUCUGCAUCGGCUCCGAGCGCCGUGCAUCCGCUCGCCAGCUUCCCUGAGUCGUCUCUCCAUGGGGCGGUCUCUUCGCUCGCGCCGCCGUCCGCGACUCCUUCUUCUCUCACUCCUGCUCUGCUUGCCCAUGUUUCCCAGCGCAUCGCGAACGGCGCGGCGGCGGGCUCGCCUGCCGGCGCUUCCGACCUCGGGGCGGAGACCCUCUCGCCCGCCUGUCCGCGACCGCCCACGCCUCCGGGCCUUCCACAGUCGUUGGGGAUCGGUCCUCCCUCGAUGCCGUUCUCUCCACUGACAGCGUCGCCUUCGGCGAGCUCUCCCUGCGGAUGCUCCCCUCAGCCUUCAUCUUCUCCGCAGCCUUCAUCUUCUCCGCAGCCUUCGUCUUCUCCGCGUCCUGCUUCUCCUCGGGCGGCUGCGUCGUCCGCGUGCCGUCUAGCUGCUGGCGCUCCAUGCUCAUCGUCUUCGCUCGCUUCGCCGUCUCCUUCCGCGGCGCCUUCUCCUGGCGGCGCCGCUCUCUCGCAGGACGAGCGGUGGCUUCUCGCCUCAGGGGACACUGGGGCGGCGCGCCACCUUCCCGCGUGUCCUAAGUCAUCUCCUCCGUCUCCUUCGCCCAUGCGUACGCCGUCGCCCUGUAGGCCUUCUCCAUCGUCCUCCUCGCGUGCCGCGGGAGCUGAUGUCAGUCGAGUCUUUUCUCCCUCUUCAUGCGGCGUUUCGCUGUCUUCGGCGUCGGGCUCCUCGCGCGACGCCGCGGCGCGUGCCUCGGCUCCGCAUGCUUCUUCGGAGUCUCGUUCGGGCUCUCCCGCAGCACCCGCAGCUGCGUCUCCAACCUCUCGCGCGGCUCUUCGCGCCGAAGACCGAGGAAUCGUGGAAGCCGCGGCUGCGGCAAAGCCUAGGGCAAACGGUAUGCAGGUGCACGGCGAGGUCUCCGAAGGAGCACCGCGGGACGGCGGAAUCGCGGGUUCGAGAAAACUCCCAAAUGCCGGAGGAGCCCAGCAGUUCCGGAGAGACGCGCCGACGAAACGGGAGCGGCGCGUCCAGCAGCCUAACGGCGUCCUGCGGACGAAGGCGCUUUCCGCGUUGUGCACGAUUUGCGGUCAGCAGGGCAGGACUGCGAAGCAAACGAACGACAACCCCGUCGUAUUCUGUCGGAUUUGCUAUAUGGCGGCGCAUCUCUGUUGCCUACCUUCGCACCUCCUCCGCCUCGCGUACGCGGCUUAUCAACGAGAAGCGGAAGUGACGGGCGGCGACUGCGAGGGUGGAGAGGAAGCCGGACGGCCGGCAAAACCGGAGGCAGCUCGAGGAGACGAAGAACCGGAGAAAGACGCGGUGGAAGAAGGCCAUCGGGCGAAAAGGACGAACCUCGAAGGGCAAGGGCAGAGGGGCGGCGCCGGGUGCCUUGCGAACGACAUCGGCGGCGCGGAAGGCAAACGAGGGCAGGAACCACAAACCGGUAGAGACGUUGCGCGCGAUUUGGCAGCGCCUCUGAAUGAAGAGAGAGGAAUGGAAAGCGACCUCUCAGGCGGGCGCUUGUCGUUCUCUCAGUUUGUCAUGGAACUCUUUUGCAGCCCACGUGAGCCUGCAGGGCGAUCGAACGGAGCGAUGGAGAUCGCGUCGCGGCGACGGCGUAGACUGUUGAGCUUCGUAGAGUGUAGCGGAUGCGCGUUCCACGCGUUCCAAGAAGAGGAGAGAGCCGGAAACGGUUUAAAGGGAGAGCGAGGAGACGAGACAGAGGCCGGUUCCCAGCGUCGCGACAGCCGCCCCCCCCCGGAGACGCUCGGCGAGCUCGGAGGAGGCGUCGAAAGCGCGUUGCGGCGCCCCUGCGGAUCUGCGCCUGCCUCGUCUUCCGUGGUCUGCGGCGCAAGCGGGUCGCGGUCCGAUGCGAAUGCAAAUGUGGAGGCCGAAAACGGCGCGCCUCCCUCGGCAGGCGCGGCGAUGUCGCCGCCGGCGCCGUCGUCGCCUGCUUGGUCUUCGACUCUGCCAUGGAGUUCGCCUACGAGACUGGGUGGCGGUGGCUGCAAAACCGCGCCGGAGCGAGAUCUGCGGUGUGUCCUGUGCGGACGCGGCGGAGGAUUCUUCGAAGAUCUUCAGAGAGACGAAAGGAGCGCCGCGCUGGGCAUGCCCGUCCACAGCGCGUGCGCCAUCUACACGAAGGCACAGAUUUCCUUCGACCCUCUCGCAGACUUUCUCGAGAAGAAAGGUCGCAUCCGGAGGAUCCUGCACGGUCCGGGGGGUGCCGCCACUGCCCGUCCUCCUUGUUUGUCCUCUCGGUCGUCUUCCUCACUGUCUCUUGCUUCGUCGUCUUCUGCCUCCUCCUCAGCUCCGUCGCCUUCCGCGGCUGCAUCUGCCUCCUCCUCGUCUCGCGCUUCCGCUGGCCUUGCCUCUGCGAACGCGUCUGGUUCGCCUGCGGCCGCUGAGGCGACGGAGAAGCCGCCGCGCGGCGAAGGCGCCAAGCACGCAGAGAACGGGGCGCAGGGAGACCCGUCGCGGCCGCGAGAGGCGGAGAAGGACUCGCGCGACGAAGCGUCUCUCAGGCCUGCGUCGCCGCUCAGAGGUCGAGCAGAAGAGUCAGAGGCAAAGCGCGAAGAGAAGUCGGCGAGUUUGCAGUCCGCGCUCGCAGGCUCGCACGCCUCCUCCGCGUUUUCUCAGUGGCCUUCGCAGGGGCGCAUCUCGGAGCUGUUGCUGCUCUCAGGGCUGAACAACUGGUCAUGUUCUCUGUGCGCCGCUGGCGUCACUUUCGCCACGUGCUGUCCUUCGCGCGGCGAGCCACGCGCAGACGCUCGCGCCGACAACUGCCCCCGCGCGCUCUCCCCUGCUCUGAUUCGCCACGCGUCUCCCUCGCAGGGUCGGCAGGUACCCCGCGAGGCACCUGGCGAAGCCUCGAGUCGCUCAGCAGGGCUGAAUGCGCCUGCCGGUUCGCCGCCCGUCGACGACAGCGACGAGCUGAAGACCGAAGGGAGAGAGCGGGCGGGCAGGGAUAGAGCCGCGAGCGAGAGCAAGGAGGAUGUCGACCGGAAUCUUGCUUGGCGCGCAGGCGACUCCUCGCGGGGGUCGUCUGCACCGCAUCCGCUUGUCCGUGGAUUCCCUCUGCCUUGCGCGUCUCCAGGCUGCCGAGCGAGAGUUCACGCGACUUGUGCGCAGGAGAGAGGCGCGCUGGUGCAGGAAGUCGUGAUGCUCUACUCGCGCGAGAAAGGCCGCCGCCGGGCGGCCGCGCUUCGAAGGCGGCAGGUUUUCUCCCUCGAGAGACAGCGCAUCAGGAGAAAGAGGAGUCUGCGUGGCGAGACAGGGGAGGCGAGCGACGGGGUCGAGAGCGAGGCACGGGCAGGAGGCUACGCGCCGUCUGAGACAGAGCGGUCCGGAGGAAACGCGUCAGAGGCAGACGAGCGCGCGAGUGGAUCGGAUGGAGACAGCAAAAACGAAGCAAGGGGAACGAGAAGGUGGAGGGAAUCCGGAAGGAAGACGCACGUUGCGGCGGGCACGGGCGGCGGCGAAGCGCUGUGCAGACGCUGCCGCUCAGCUUCGCCCCGUGCCGCUCGGUCGGCUCUGACUGGCAAGGCGAAAUCUGGGCUUUCCGGCCUCACGUCGUCCUCUCCAGGGUGGAGCGCGUCAGGGCGGCGGCUGUGGGGCGCCCAUAUUUGGCGAGCAGUGUUUUGCGAUUCCCACGCCGACCCCGUCUCUUUCGCGCGCGCGCGGGCUGCGGUGCUUCCCACACUCUGCCGGCGCCUCGUGGCUUCGCUGAAGCGCAAGCGUCUCUUUUCCCAGGUGGAGCAGAGCGCCUUCGAUGAACAGACGAGACGCCUGCGACUUGCCUCGUCGGUAGAGCGCACGGGGCCACAGCCGACGCAUGCAGAACUGCAGUUGGCUGACUGGAGAAAGCCAGCAGCGGGCGGCGCAGGCGACGCCGACUUGGACGGGACCGUGACGCCUCGGAACGAAGCCCAGCGCGAGGAGAGAGAGGCUUCCCAGCACGAAAAGGCGCCGGAAGGACAGCUCGGCGAGCGCGACGCGAAGGGAGAAGGAAGCGGCGAUGCGGCCAGCAGCCGUGAGGCGCCAGAAGGGGCCCCAGACAGUGCCCGUGACAGUCCAUGGAUCCAGGGGGGGCCGAAACGAGAAGGCCACAAAGAGGCGGCUUUCCCUCCGACAGAGCCCUGGGUGUCCGGCGGCGGCACGCCUUCCGGGACUCUCUUUCACCCGCCGGGGAGCUCGCCGUCUCUUCCACCUUCGCCUUUCGUGCCGUCCUCGCCCUUUUCUGCCGCCUCUGCACUCGGAUACUCUCCGUCUCUCCCAGUCUGGUCUCAGUCGCGUUCGGGCUCUUCUGGCGAGCUUCCGGCCUCGCGCGGGUCCGCGUCCGCGUCGCGGGCGGCGAGCGAGGGCGGCGGGGCGCUUCCAGACGUGGGCGCAGCGGGCAACACAAACGUGCACGCUGCAGCGACUCGGGGGACGACGCUCCAGUGGCAGCGCUUCGAUGUGCGGUUCAAGCGCGUUGUCUUUGGCGCCUUCUCUUCCCAACUCUUGCGACUCGUGCCUCCCGCAGACCGCAGCAAAACUGUCCUCGCGAGCGAGCAUCUCUGCCACGCUCUCCUCGACACAGACGUCGACGGAUUGCCCUCCUUCGUCGCUCCCCCAGCGCCUGUCUCCCCGGCGCCAGCCGCCACCCCACACUCUCUGUCUCUCGGGUCCUGCUCUUCGUCUCUCCUCACCCCGUCAUCCAACGCUCUCUCGCCGCACACGUCUGCGUCUCACGCGUCGUCCUUCGCAGGCCCUGCUGCCCCCGUCCUCUCUUCGGUGUCGUCUCUCGACGCGGUCGGUGGAGGCCGCGCGCGCGGGCGGGCGUGUGGGCUCUACGCCGAAGGCGGCUACAGCCCUGCCGUGUCGCUCUUGUCCCCCCAACUGACCGCAGCGGAGACUGCGGGACGCGCGAGUUGGGCUGACGCAGACUCCUUCCCGCUCGCCUCCUCGUCCUCCUCUAGCGCUGCUUUGCGUCCAUGUUUCGUCUCGCCUGCUGCGCAGAUGCGCGCGUCGAGUGUCUCGAGUACCUCGCAGGUCUCCUCGCCUUCGUUUGCGUCCUCGAGCUUUCCGGGCCCCCGCGCUCCUGCAGCGUCGCCGUCCGUGUCUUCCCCGGCUCCGCAUGCGCUCACCCUUCCCUCAUUUGCGGCUCUCUUUCGCGCGCAGGUCGCUGGAGCCAGUGGAGGGCCUCCGCCGCCGCUGAGUGUGCAGCUGCAGUGGCCGGGGAGUUUUCCGCCGACGGAGGACUUCGGUUUUUUCGAGCGGUUCCUCGUGCCCCUUUACUUCCGCGUCUGUGUGCGCGCCAACGCGUGGUCGGAGAACGACAGAGACGCCGAGGCGGCGCCGAGAUUCCCUCUGCUGCCUCCGCGGCGCGCGCGGACCCUCGCGCUCGCAGGCGGAGGAGAUGCUCCCGUUGCGGCGAACUGCCGAUUCGCCGCGGCGGCGGCCUUGCCCGCUUCUUCAGGGUCGCCUGCCCAGCCGGGCGGCGCGGCGAGACCCACAGUUUCGUUUGCGGCCGCGGCAGAGUCGGCAGCCGACGCCGCGGAGCCCGAGAGGGGUCGCGGCCGUCGGGGCUCCGACGGCCGAAGGGACGAGACGCAGGAACGGCGAGAGAAGGCGGCUGCGCGGCCGCUGAGUCGGCGCAACAGCAGCGCUAGCUUGGCGAAGGAAGGGUGUGCGUCUUCGAAUCUGACUGCAGACGAAGACGACUCCGCUGCAGCGUCCGCAGGCACCGAACAAGACUCCUCCGAGCCGCGCAGCGGAAGACCGAGCCCGCCUGCGUCGCCUCCUAUGUCGUUUGCGUCUUCAGCUGCCUCCGCGACUUUAGCCGGGAAAGCUGGAGGCUCUGCAGGCAGAGGGCGGCGCGGGCGGCGAGCGGCUGGGGCGGCUGGGGCGGGCGCGUGGCCUGCCGGCGAAGACGGCGGACGCGACCGCGAGGACUUGCGCAGGCGACGGCGCCGGGCGCGGGGGGAGGAGCGAAGGUGGCGGCGAAGAAGGCGGUUCAAAAUGCCGCAAAAGCGAGAGCUGGAAGUUUCAAGCGUCCGCCGGCGGCAACACGGCGAGCGCGCCUCCCAAGUCGCCACAAGGCGGCCCCGCGCGCGGGAUUUCACCCCCCCCCCUGCGCACAGGGGCCUGGAGGCGAAGCGGCGGCGGGACGAGGAGACAGGCGCGGCGGCAGAGGGUGAAGCGGAGGGGGAUUCUUCGGCUGCCCUCUUGUCGACCGCGUCUGAGGCGGCUGAAGAGGGGGAAGACGGGAAGCGAAGCGAGGAGAGGGAGAAAAGGAAGGAGUUCGUUUUGACGCUUCUAGACUUCGGUGGCGUGCAGGCGUACGCGUCCUUGAAGGUAGCACCCGUCUCGCGGGAGGAGGCAGCGCGGAGAAGGGAGCAAGAGCGAGAACUCAUCCAGCAAUAUAGAGGCUACCUGUCUGUCCUUGCGUCCUCCUCGCUGCCCGCUCUCCUUCCUUCCUCGGCAACCGCUGCGGCCGCGGCGGCUGCGGGAGACAAGGGCAAAAACGCGCCGCCGCUCGCGUCGCUGUCGUCGUCGGCUCUCUCGAUGCAGGUGGAAAAGCUGCUGGGUUUCUACGAACACCUGCUGAAAACCGAAGAGGAAGAAGAGACCGGAGGCGAAAUCGACGGAAUGAAGCCAGAAGAGGACAGGAUCGUCGAUGUGACAGAAAAAGGCGAGAGCCAACUCCCCGUGGAAGUCGCGCAGCGAAACGCCAGCUGUGAUGGUGAAGCGCACGGAGUUCAGCCGCUGACGGAAUGUGCGGAGGGCAAGGAAACGAGAGAGGGCGCGAAAGUAGCGCAGAGGCCGGAAACAGUCGUCCUCGACGAAGUUCUGCCUCUUGCGCCUUACCAAGCUGCUUUCCUCAAAUUGCGUCCGCUCUCCGUCUCUCUCGUAUCUUACUCCCCCUCUACCCUUCCCUCGCGCGCGUCAUCCAUCGAGGAAAGCUUCUCUGCGCUUUCUCCCCUCGCGUCCCUCGACCGCGCCAGCCGAGCGGAGCCCACGGGUUCGGCGUCAUCUCGACUCUCGCCUACGGCCUUGAACGUCGAUUUCGGAUGCAUGUACGCAACAGUGGGAAUGAUGCGUGAGCAAGAGCAAGCCCGAGUCGAGGCGAAAGAGGACGCGGGCAAGGAAAAACGCGAAGCCGCGACCGCGGCGGGCGCCGAAGCUCAGAGAAAUCUGCGCGGUUCGCAGAAAACGGCGUCAAGCGAAGAGUCUUCUCGGUUGGGUUUCUGUGCAGCAGAGCAAGGCGCAGGAAAUGAUGCGCAAUCAUCGGUCCUUUCUUCGACAUCGGAGGCAUUGUCGCUCUCUGGCCUGUCGUGCUCCUUCGCCGCGGCCGAAGGGAACUUUGGCACGCUCGCUGUUGCUCAUUCGCCCUGCGCGUCCGCGCCUCGCCCAGUUACAUCGUCUGCAGCAGGUUCGGGUUCAGGUGAGGCUCUCAUCGCCUCGGGAGAGAAAGCUGAUUCUAAGCAGCUUCUUGUUUCGCUGCGAAGGUCCUCUGUCUCGGCCGCGACUUCGUCCGCGCUUCCGGCGCGUCAGCGAGGCAGUUUGGUUCCUCUCCUCACUCCCGCUGGCACCAUGUCGCUUCUCCUUCCCUCCUCUGCGGUUGCCGCAGCUCUCGCGGGUGCUGCUGCACUUCAGUGUAUGGACAGCGCGUCGUCUCCAAUUCGUUUCUCCGCUCUCGCCCCGGCGCUGGCCUCAUCUUCCCUUGUGCUCGGAGGCGCGCAGCGGCUGGAGGAAGAGGGCGCGCGCCUUUUGUUCGACUCCGAUCUCUUUGAGCGGCACGUGUCUCGCGUGGUGUGCGACAUGAGCCGGGGCCUGCGGGCCUACGCCCUCGCCGCGUCUUCUCUGUCUGAUGCUGCCCGCAAGCGCAAAAGGGACGCGUGGGCGGCAGAGGAGCGGAGCGACGGAGACGACGACGCCGACGAGCUGCUGGUCGAGAGCAACUACGUCUCGACCUUCAUCGCGGCGGCGCUGCUGCAGAGACAGCUGGCGGUCCACAAAGCAGCACUCCUGGACAGAGUCGAGAAGGAAGUACUGUACUGUCCCGCGCGGGUCGCCGACCGCGUGGAAGACCAGCAGCUUGUUCUCCGCCUCUACUUCACGCGUCUACGGUGGGCGGCUCUCAUCGACGCCGUGCGGCGAGGCUACCGGGACUACUGCGGCACCGGCUGUCAGGGCUCCUGCUGUUUGGCCUGCGCGUCGUCCCUGCGGCUCGGGCGGCCCGAGAGCGACCCGGCGGGGGAGACGAACGCGUACUCAGCGUGCGGACGUGACGUUUCCGCGUCGCAGGCGUCGCCUUCGUCUCGGGGAAGGCGAGUUCCGACGGCUGCCCACGCGCCAGCGGCAGGGGACAGAGUCUCCCGCGUCUCACUGUUGCCUGGGGCGUUGGCUGACGGGCGCUGUGUCGCGCCUUGCGGUCGACGCGGCUGCUCCGUGGUCUGCGGCGGCGGAGCGGCCUCGCUGUCUUCGUUGCCGCCGACGGAAAAAACCGACAGGCACGGCGGGCGCGAGGGCAGUAGUCGCUCGGCGAACGCUUCGGACCGCCGCGUGGCCUCUAGCGGCGGUGAAGAAGACGAUCGGUCUUCCUCGCCCUCGCCGCUAGCGCGGCGCAUGCUGGGCUCCUCGCCCAGCGCGCGAGGGGAGGAUGCUGCAGCCACGGGGUCGCCGGGGGGACGCGCUGGAGACUCGCACUCCCGAUCGAGCCCCGCGUCCGACCUCUCUGCGCCGCCCUCCGCGUACUGCUCCGUCUGCUGGACUGCCGCGCAAGACCACAUCAAUCGGCUGCUUCACUGCACCUGCUGCAAGGUGACCGUCCACCGGUACUGCUACGCCGUGUGUUGCUCGCCGCUCUCAAACGCCUCUCCGCGCGCCGGCGCGCUGGCGUCCUCCGCCGCCUCUUCGUCUGGCCUCGUUCAACUUGCGGAGGGCGGGUCUCAGCAGAACAGACGAGACGGUGCGGGAGCCACCGCGGCGCCUCAGACCAGCGCGGCGCCGGGUGUCUCCGGAGUCCCUCUUCAGCAGCGCGCCAGCGCCCCGUCGCCGAACGUGGUGGCGGCGUCGAUCGCCGCGGGUGGCGGCGACGACUGGCUCUGCUCGCGCUGCGAAAAGGAGAAGCGACUCUUUGGCCUGCAGCAGCAGAGACAGAAUUUCUCAUGUGCCUCCGCGGUUUGCUGCAUCUGCGGCCGCGCCGGCGGCGCCCUGAAGUCAGCUGUCUUCUUCGAACGCACUCGCCCUCGGGCUUCGCGAGCGCAGACCGCGCGCCGGCCGCUGCCGAAAAGCGAGACAGGCGGCGUGGAGGAGGAGGAGCCGGGGGGGAGAGCUACCGCAGAGCCAGGGACAGCUCGGAGCGUCUCCGCCGGUGGACUCGGGCGACGAGACCUGGCUGCGGAGGAAGCCGAUGAGCAGCAGGAAGAGCGCGGCGAUGAAGGAAAGAAGACGACGGAGAAGAAAAGGCGGGCGAGCGCAGGAGCUGGAGCUUCCGCUGCGAGGGGAUCGCGAGCUGCGCGAGAGAAGCGCGAGGAGAAGGAGAAAAAGGCUUCUGGGACCUCGGGCGCUGCGGUGGCGCCCCAGGACCCGGGUGAAGGGCCUCUCGUCGCCCGACCACGAGGCGACGAGAGCGACCGGUCCCCGCGGAGUUCGCGCGACGACUGCGAAGCUCCCGUUGAUGCGCUCGCGUCUUCGGUGGCCUCCUGCGCGGCGCCGCUCCAGUCUGCGGAGUCCUCGUUCGCGCGCGACGAGUGGAGACGGGUAGAUCGCGGAGACAUGGUGCACGUGAUGUGCGCACUGUGGAUGAUGCCCUACACGCGCUGCCUAGACACAGAGUGCCUGGAGCCGUGGGACUUGUCGGGGCUUCGUCGCCUCAAGAAGCGCGAGGAAGGCCGGUUUCUGCGGCGCUGCUGGGUGCACGCCUCCGGCGCAGAGCUCGUCGAAGUGCUGCGGAGCGACGAGGGUGAAGAUCGCAAGCGAAGGCGCGAAGAGGCCGAGCGCCUUGCGGUUAGGGAGCCCUGCGACGGGUCGCGGUCAGCAUUGGAGUCUCGAGCGGACGAAGGCGCGGUGGGAGAGACAGGCGGACACAAGAGAUCGCGAACGAAUGUCGGCGGCUCGCCGGGAAGACGGCGCAACAGCAGUGACGACGGAAGAGAGGAAGGCGAAAGAAGAGUGAUAUCCUCUCUCAAGGAUCUGGCGGGGCUUGCACGCAGCGGUGGGGGGGGGCCUGUUGUUCCUCCUCCCGCCCCCGCGGCGCCUUUUUCGCUGCUGGGUGGCACCGAUCCCGACGCGCUCCCGAGGACGCCUUCGGGGACAGCGCUCGGCGAGGCCGCUUUGUCGCCGAGACACUCCCCCAACAGGUCGAGUCUGUCGACGUUUUCUCCGCUUUUCGCCCUCUCGCCUACUAAGCACCGUCCUCCGCUGUCGCCGCCGCGAGGCAGGGUCCCAGUUCUGCAGAGGCCAAGCUGUCUGGUGUGCGGCAUGAGUGAGGGAUUUUUGAAGCGCUGCGCAUGCAGGGCGUGCGUGGACGGCUACUUCCACCCGCUCUGUGCGUGGCUGAACGCCUUUCCGGUCCAGACAGCCCUGGCGCCUUCGCCGCGGACUCGCGCCCUGCGGGACUUCGCAGCGGGUCGUCAGAGAGGUUGCCACGGGGCUGGCGGGGCGGGGGCCUCAGGAGACGCCUGCGAAAGAGGGAAAAGAGGGCGAAGCGCGCCCGGGAAGGCAAAGAGGCGAGACAGCGCCGGCAACAGCCCUGAGGAUCGCAGACGCCGACGAAGUGUCGAGAAGGCGAACGCGCAAGCGGAAGAAGCCUCGGCCUUUUCCGCGGCGGUAGCGCCCGGAGCAGCGAAGGACGGGCAACGCGGCGAGGAAGGCGCAAAGACAGAGAGGGAGUGGCUGAGGAACCUGGGGCACCUGCGGGGUGCUGAGGCUCUCCUGUUGUCCGGUGGCGGGUCGGGGCUGUCCUCUGCGGACCUGUUCGACGACGUGUCAGAUCCAGAUUCUUCUGAGGAGGAGGAAGAAGAGGUUGCGUGGCUUUCCUCGUCUCUCCCCUCUGCGACGCUCGCGCUCGCCUCGCUUGCUCGGAGGGGCCGGAGGAACGCCCGCGAAGGCGCGGCCGAGGCGGAGGGAGCAUUCGAUGGAGCGCCAGGCUGCGCGAGCUCCCUUCCUCUUCUCGAGCAUAACCUCUGCGUGCCGUCGUCGCUGUCUGAAGCGCACGGGAAGAGCGGCUCCGACCUCGACGAAAGGCGGCGGACUGAGGGGGAGGCUUUCGGCGGGAAGGGCGGUCGUCGGCGAAGUCGAUGCGGAGAAGACGCGAAGCACACGAGAAGACGGGAAAGGCGCAUAAGCCGCUGGGGCCCUCUCUGGGAUGACUUCCUCAUGAAGCGCCUCGUCGUGCAUGUCUGGUGUCCGGGGCAUGCCUUCCUUGCGCCUCACGCGCGUGGACGGGACCAAGCUGAACAGAUGCACUACCGCCUCCUGCGUCUCUCGCUCUCGCAGGCGACCGAGGCGUUUCCGUACCGCCCGAUGCUUCUCGCGAAGCCCGAAGCGCCGCUCUCUCUCUCGCCAGCCGCCGGGGCCUCCUCGCCCUCCCCGUACCUCUCCUCUGCGUCGCCCGCUCUCUCCUUCGCUGCGCUCUCCGCGAGCGAGCGCCUCGCGUCGCCUGCGCUUCCGUUCCUGCAGAGUGGCGCGCCCGCGGCGGGGGUACAGGCCCUGAGUCUCUCCGGAGGCGCCUUGUGCGAGGACGACUUCCCGCUGCUGGAGGGCGGGAAGAAGACAGGCGGAGUUAAGGGGCGGAAAUCCGGGAGCGUCAGCAAGAAGCGCCGCAAAGGCGGGGCGGGGGCUGGCGCACUGGGCGCGUCGCCCUUUGCUUCGGUCUUCCGCGCCGCGGGGACCGCCGGCAUGCAGUUCCUCCCGCACGCGGCUGCGAGUCCCAGACCCGGCGCCGGCGGCUGCGGCCCCAACGGCGAGUUCCUGCCUGCGUUCGGGGGCGCCGCACCCCCCUUCGAAGAGGCCGCUUCCGGCGCUGUAGGCUCCCUCCCCGCCCAGGGCGACGGUGUCGGCUUCGCGCCCGCGAGCGCCGAAGAGCACCAACUGCUCGGCGUGCGCGGCGAGGAGACCGACGUCGCCUGCCACAGUGGGCACGUGAAGGCCGAGCGCAGCAGCGGGGGACUUGUGGGCGAAGCGCCCGACGCGCGCGCCGCAGACGGGUCAACUGGCGUCCUGUAUCCGGCAGGCGAGCAAGGAGGAAAGAGUGUCAGGGGGUCCGAAGGGUCGGCAGACGGAGACCAAUGCGAAGAAGAGGACCAAGUUGAGCCACUGCCUCUCGACCGCUAUCCGCCGGGCGUCUGUGUAGUCUGCCUCGAGACCGAGGAGACGUCCCACAGCGUGCUCAGUGAAGAGGGCGAAGCCGAAAGAGAGCCCGGUGCGACAGAAAAUAGAGCGAGCGAAGGUUUCCUCCGGCGUCUGGCCUGGCGAGGAGAUGCAGACGAGCAGACUGUUGUCCUUCCUCGGACUGCGAAAAGCGGGAAAGGCAGCGUAUCCAAGGCUUUGUUUCUCUGCCGCGGCUGCGGCGUCUGCGUGCAUCGCGGCUGCUAUGGCGGACGAGGCUUUCGGCUUUCGGCUUUUGCGAAGAAAGAGGCUCGCGCGUCGCUUUCUUCUCCUCCUCACUCUUCCGCUCUGCAAGCUGCUGCAAGCUCAUCCGCCCCCCAGGGUUCCGUGGAAGACGACGCCAGCGAGGGGAGAUCUCAAGGCUGCCUCUCGGGCCCCGCGGGCGUGGGGAACGAGGGCGAGAAGCACCUACAAGCCGAGCAAGAAGCGGGUGAAAAAGCCGAAGACCGGGGCAGCGAACAGCCUGACAAGUGCAAAAACGAGGUGGAAAAGCAAGGCAGGAAAUCUGACCAGGCGGCCGUUGUCGGCACCUUCCUCUGCGAUGUUUGCGCGUGGGGCUCGAACCCUCACAAGGUCGCAUGUCUGCUGUGUCCGCGGCGAGGGGGCGCCUUGAAGGCGAUCCAGCCUCUGGACUCUGCAGCUGCCUGGCGGCGCGCGGUUGCCUCUUCGAGCGCGUCUGCAGAUGUCUUUUCCACGCUCUCGGGGGCAUCCGAGUCUCUAGGGUCGAAGCCUCUACUGGGUCGCUGGAAGCGGCCGCUCUACGUACACAUGUUCUGCGCGCUGCUGGCGCCUUUCCCGCCUGUGAAGAUCUCGCGCACGCGGGAGCUGUCUCCAGUGUGGGGCGUCGAUCUCCUCGCGGCCGCCUUGAAGGCGAGGACAGAGGUCCUCCUCUCCUUUCUAGUCGCUGCUGCGACUCGGCGCGCGGUACGCGAGGGUUGCCCGAAGCAGGAGGGAGCGGGAGAGGGCGAGGGCGAGGAGAAGCGGCGAGCUAUUCGCAGGCUCGCGCUGAGCGGCGGAGCUGCCCUGAGGCAGGCGGCCUGGACUUCAGUGAAGCGCGAAGCAGGCGCUGCUUCGCUGCCGGUGAAGCGGGAAGCAGCGGGCAGCAGACUUCCUGCCUCGAGGUCUCUGCACGCCGCAGGCGUAGCGAGCAGCGCUGUGAAGCCCGAGCGCGCGGCGGACGGUCUGAAGCAGCGGAGCGGCGAGCCGCAGGACGCAGAGAACGCCAAAGCCAGCGUUCUGUCGCAGAGAGAAAGAGACGCAGUUGUCACGCUCAUGCACGAGUUGGGCCAGUCCUGCUCCUUCUGCGGCCGCCUCGGAGGUCUGCUUCUGCGCUGCGGCUUCUGCUACCCCGAGACACAGCGCAAGCGCGAGAGGGACGACGAGGCGUUUUCUGCGACGACCCUCACCGAGCUCGCUCCACUGUGUGCCUCCUUGGCUCGCAACGGCGAGGUGAGACCGGCGGCGCUCCUUCCGUCGUUCACGGGACCCCACGCCGAGCGACAGUCGACGACCGCCGCCGACGGAGACCCAGAGGGCGCGUUGGACAGCGCGCAUCUCGCGUCUCUGAGGGAGCUCCUCGAGGGGAAAAACAGCGAGGGACGCAGAAAGCGCCCACACUUCUGCGAAAAAGUAUUUCACCCGCUCUGUGCCUAUCAAAGGGCCGCGCAUGUCUCGUGGGGCACAGCUGAGGACUGUCGCGCCGUUAUCUUCUGUCUCGAGCAUUCGCAACAACUCCACAGCCUGCCCCCUCAGGUCGCUCGUCUGCUUGGCGUCUACCGACUCCUUCUCCAGCAUCGCGCGCUUCUCAACGAUCUCGUCCGUGUGGAAGAGGAGAGAACUCAUCUUUUGCAUGUGGAGGAGGAAUUGAAGCAGCAGGAGGCGCUCCAGGACCAGCUCGCGAAUUUGCUCCGGCAGCAGGAAAAUCAGAAGCAUAUUCUCAUUCAGCGGACGAAGCAGAAGCCUUCAAAGAAGAAACCUUCCUCGAACUAA